AUGGGUCGACUGGUCUGCCCGACGUGCCAAUGCACCGAGAUCGACGUGUACGACGCGAGCGGCGAGGCCGUCUGCGUGAGCUGCGGUACCGUCGUCGAGGAGAACACGAUCGUCUCGAGCGUCGAGUUCUCCGAGUCGGGCGGUGCGCACUCGGUCAUGGGCCAGUUCGUCUCGGGCUCCGCCUCCAAGCCGAGCACCAACAUUGGUACCGGCGGCAAGCACUACGACAGCGAAAGCCGCGCGACGACGCUCGCAAACGGCCGGCGCCGCAUCAAGCAAGUCGCCGGCAUGCUCCGGCUCGGCGACCACUACGUCGAGUCGGCGGACCGUCUCUUUGGCCUCGCGGUGCAGCGCAACUUUACGCACGGCCGCCGCUGGCAGGCGAUCGUCACCGCGUGCCUCUACGUUGUCUGCCGGCGCGAAAAGUCGCCGCAUCUCCUCAUCGACUUUAGCGACAAGCUGCAAAUCUCGGUCUUCCAGCUCGGCGCUGUCUUUCUCAAGUUUUGCCGGCUCCUCCAGCUCAGCAUCCCGCUCAUUGACCCGAGUCUGUACAUCCACCGCUUUGCGUCGCAGCUCAACCUCGGCACGCAAAUGCAUGUGAUUGCGAUCACGGCGCUGCGCCUCGUCUCGGCCAUGAAGCGCGACUGGAUGGAAACUGGCCGGCGACCGUCUGGCAUCUGCGGCGCCGCGCUUCUCAUCGCUGCGCGGUCCCACAACGUCAAGUGCACCAUGACCGACGUCGCGGGGGUCGUGAGCAUCGGCGAAGUCACGUUGCGGAAGCGCCUCGCCGAGUUUGCCGUGACUCCGACCGCGCAGCUCACGUUUGACCAAAUGGGCAAAGUGGAAAUCAAGCUGCUCGAGUGCGACCCGCCCGCCUUUACGCGCAACCGCGAGAAGGAGACGAUGGAGUCGCUCCUCCUUGAGAUGGCGCCCAGCAAGGGCCUCCUCGAAGGCAAGGCGCUCACGUCGCUGAUCGACUCGACAUGGCGCGAGACGGCCGACUCAACGGGCCAAGGGCUCCUCGAAGACGAAGACUUUGGCUUUGACGAUGCCAACAGCACGCUCCUGCAGCACGCGCAGAAGCAGUCGGCGGAGCUCCUCCUCACGUCGGUCCGCGACCGCUCGAAGCGCUGGCUCGUGCAGCAAAAGAAGACGCGGUCGCUCUUUGAGACACUUGAGGCGGAGCUCGGCGCAAGCAUCGCCGCCGACGAGCGCGUGGCUGAGCUCGAAGGCAGCGCCGUCGAAUCACCACCGACGACAUCCUCGACGGCAGCCCCCGAGGAGAGCAGCUUGGUGCGAAGUGCAAGCGCCCCGGACCCGGACGAGUCGGGUCUCUCAGAGAUUGACGACGACGAGAUCGAUGCACUCAUCCUCACGGAGAAGGAGUCGGCGGCGAAGCGCAAGAUUUGGGAAACGAUGCAUUCCGAGUACCUCGAGAAGAAGGCGGCCAAGGCGGCGCGGUUAGCGGAAGCACCGGCGGUCAAACGGAAGCGCCCGAAGAAGGUCAAGGCCGACGACGACGUCCCGGCGCCCGACACUGGCGCCCACGCUAUUUAUAAACUGCAGGUGAAGCAGCGCGCCAAGUCCAAGAACAUCAACUACGACGUGCUCGCCGAGCUCUUUGGCGACCAAGACGAGGCGUAG